AUGGCCGAUAAGCUGCGCACCCUGCAAAAUCUCGAGGCUCUCCAGGCGCGCUAUAUUGGUACUGGUCACGCCGACACCACCAAGCACGAGUGGACUUCCAACAUCCUUCGCGACAGCUACGCCUCUUACGUCGGCCACAACCCGCUACUCUCAUACAUGUCCGUCGGUAUGGGCGAACCCAAAGAAAAGGUUCGCGUGAUGAUGCUUGAGAAGAUGGUCCGCGGUGCUGGUAAUCCUCCAGAGGUAUGCGAAACUCAGGUUGCUGGUGGCGCGAGUGGUUCACUAACAGCCGUUGCUUUCUCAGACGCAAGAAUAGACGGUGUCCAAAACAGGACCUUUGACUGUCUUGAUCUAAUCGGCUGA